AUGGGGAAUUUGUACUGGCAGUUUGAGGAUUGCAAGCUGGCAAGAUCAGGUCCCCCAGCAACAAUAGUCGCAAUUGAUGAAGAAAGUCGAAAUGGAACACUUCUGGUCGACAACUUGCAAAUUACAGGGCAUGCGGGUGGCCCAAAUCCAACUAUCGCCUUAUCACUAAAAGGAAAUAAUGACUACUGGGUGCUUCUGGAUGCUGUCAACCAGAAACUGUAUUUGAACAGCACUGGCAGAGUCCUUGACAGAGAUCCUCCAUAUAAUAUCCAGUCCAUCGUUGUUGUGCUUGAUUGCAUGAACCUGCGAGUUGGAAGUGUCAUCAAACAUGAAGUGCGAAUUAUAGUAAGAGACCGAAAUGACAACUCUCCAUCUUUUCAGCAAUCACGAUAUCAUGUGGAAAUUAAUGAGUUGACACCAGUUGGGACGACCAUUUUUACUGGCUUCUCUGGAAGAAAUGGAGCAAUUGACAUAGAUGAUGGCCCGAAUGGACAAAUUGAAUAUGUCAUUCAACAUAAUCCAAAUGAUCCAGAAUCUGGCAGGACAUUUGACAUUCCACUCUCAUUAACAGGAGCUGUGGUCUUAAGGAGAAGGCUAAAUUAUGAAGAAAAAACACGUUACUAUGUCAUUGUUCAAGCCAAUGACCGAGCUCCAAAUCCACUGAACAGAAGAACCAGCACAACAACGCUGACAGUUGAUGUAUUGGAUGGAGAUGAUCUUGGCCCAAAGUUCCUUCCAUGUGAAUUGGUCAAUAACACAAGGGACUGCCGUCCUCUUACAUACAAGGCCAGUCUGCCUGAGCUCACGGACCCGGCAAGGAUAAACCCAGUGAACGUGACACCUCGGAUUUUAGCUGUUGAUCAGGACAUAAAUAUUAAACCAACUGACGAUCAACCAGGGAUUGUCUACAGCAUUCUUGUCGGUACGCCUGAGGAUUAUGCUAAGUACUUCUAUCUGAAUAAUAUCACCGCAGAGCUUUAUCUCCUAAGACCAAUAAAUAGGGAUUUUCAUCAGAAAUUUGAUUUGGUUAUUAAGGCAGAACAAGACAACAGACAUCCACUGCCAGCUUUUGCCGAUUUGCAUAUAGAGGUUCUGGAUGAAAACAACCAAGCCCCAUACUUUGAACAAACCACCUACCAAGGUUUCAUCAUUGAGUCUGCUCCAGUGGGAACCACUGUUUCAGAUAGUCGGAAUUUAACAACACCAUUAAGAAUUGUAGCCCUGGAUAAUGAUGUGGAGGAGACAAAAGAUCCAAAGCUGCAGAUUUCAGUGAAUGACUUCGUCACUGCUUUUACGAUAACGUCAUUUGGCAUAACCCGUUACCUUACUUUGCGUGAGCCAGUAGAUCGGGAGCGUCAGCAGAACUACACUUUUACAAUGACUGCUUCUGAUGGAGUUCAAGAGAGUACUUCAGUCACUGUCAAUGUCAUGGUGAUCGAUGCAAAUGACAACACUCCAAUUUUUCAAAACAUUUCCUAUAAAGUGAAUGUUUACACUGACAUGAGGCCAGGAGAAGCUGUAAUACAGCUUACUGCAUCAGAUGCUGAUGAAGAUAAGAAUGGACGAAUCACUUAUGAAAUUGUAACCGGUGACCAUGGGGACUUUGUAAUAAGUAACAGCAGUGGACUGAUCACCAUUGCUCCAGGAGUUAAUUUAAAUGUUGGACAGACCUAUGCUCUUACUAUCAAAGCAACAGAUAAUGCUCAUCCAGCUCAAAGAAGAAGCUCUAUUACCACUGUCUAUAUUGAGGUUCUUCCUCCAAACAAUCAGAGUCCUCCAAGGUUUCCACAAAUGAUGUACAAUUUUGAAGUGAGUGAAGCAAUGAGAAGAGGAGCAGUUUUGCUGAAUUUGAAGGCUACAGAUCGUGAGAGGGAUCCAAUCACUUAUCGUAUUAUUAACGGAGAUCCACAGCAGGUCUUUAACAUUACUCAGAGCACUGGACUGUUAGUCUUAGAAAAAUCAUUAGACAGGGAGAGCACUGAUCGAUACAUACUGAUUGUCACGGCAUCAGAUGGCAAGCCUGAUUCAACUUCCACAACUACCGUCAACAUUAUGGUUACUGAUGUGAAUGAUAACGAUCCAAAGUUUGAUGCCAUCUUUCUUAAGAAUUUCACUGUAUUAGAGGAGGAAGCAAACAUCUACGUUGGACAAGUCAGGGCCACUGAUCCAGAUGCGGGUGUCAAUGGGCAGAUUCACUACAGCUUGGCAAACUUCAAUAACCUUUUCAGAAUAACAUCAAAUGGUAGCAUUUACACAAUGACGUCUCUGGACCGAGAGACCAAAGAUAGGUAUGACCUGCUUGUGGAGGCUUCGGAUGGAGCUCGGGAUCCUCGUCGCUCAACCUUGACUGUACCAAUCAGGGUCCUUGAUGUUGAUGAUAACAGUCCUGUAUUCUCACAAUCCACCUAUGUCGUUUCUGUGCCAGAGAACAAUGAAGCUGGAAUGGUUAUUCUGCAAUUACAGGCAACAGAUGCUGACCUUGGUCCAAAUACAACAUAUCGCAUCAGAACUGUGGAGGCCAGGAAGUUAUUUUCUGUCAAUCCGUGGACAGGGGAAUUGUCAAUUUUAGAGUCCGUGGAUUAUGAAACUCUGGAUACUGCAGAUGCAAGCUACACUUUUGUUGUCGAGGCAGUCGAUGGUGGGGGAAACAUGCCUCCAGGUUUAGCUACUGUAAUUGUCCAAAUAAAGGAUAUGAAUGAUUACGCCCCUGAAUUUAGUAAGCCUGUCUAUAAAGGACUGGUGGCACCAGAUGCACUUAAGGGGAGCCUCAUCAUUGUCGUGUCAGCUGAAGAUAUGGACCCUCCUGGGAGCCCAGCAAGCAGUGUCCGAUACAAGGUGGAUCUGACUGAAUUUCCAUACAGUGCAAGCAUAUUUGAAGUGGAGGAAGAUACAGGGCGGGUGCUUACACGAGUAAAUCUCAAUGAAGAACCUAAUACCGUCUUCAAGCUGGCUGUAAUUGCAUAUGAUGAUGGAGAACCAAUGAGGUUUAAUACCACCAUAGUGGAAGUUACUGUACUGCAACCAUCAGUAAUUCCACGUUUUACACAGGAAGAUUACAGGCCUCCACCUGUAAGUGAAAGGGCUCCAAUAGGAACCGUGGUUGAAACUGUAACAGCAGCUGCUAUCAAUCAAACUGUAGUGUAUUCAAUCAUAGCAGGAAAUGAUGCUGGAGUAUUUAAAAUCAACAAUCGCACAGGAGUCAUCACAACAAAUAAAACAUUGGAUUAUGAAUCCAUAAAAGACUACGAAAUUAGAAUCCAGGCAGAUUCAUUGCUGUUUUUUAGAUCAAACCUCAGGGUUCCUUCAAGAACAAACACAGCAAAGGUUUUCAUUGAGGUGCAAGAUGAAAAUGACCAUGCCCCUGUUUUCACCAAGUCUCUCUAUCUGGGUGGGGUGACUGAGGAUGCCAAGACAUUCACCACUGUACUGCGGGUUGAGGUUGAAGAUAAGGACAGUGGAAACUACAGUAUAUCUCAGUUCCGACUAAUCAUACCACCCACAAAAGACGGAAAGGAUGGUUUUGUGAUAGAGGAAUACACUGGCGUAAUCAAGACAUCCAUUACAUUCAGAAACAUGAGGCGGUCAUAUUAUAAGUUUGAAGUUAUUGCAACAGAUAACUAUGGCACAGAACUGAGCAGCAGCGCACAAGUUGUUGUCUCAGUGGUUAAUGAAUUGGAUAUGCAGGUGAUUGUUUCAAAUGUUCCUCCUACACUGGUGGAACAGAACAAGGAUCAGCUAAUUGGAAUUUUGGAGCGUUAUGUACAGGAUCAAAUUCCUGGUGCAAAAGUCGUGGUGGAAUCCAUUGGACCUCGCAAGCAUGGAGAUGGCUUUCAGGAAGAGGACUACUCCAAGUCAGAUCUAAUGGUUUAUGCCAUUGACCCGUUGACAAAUAGAGCAAUAUCAAGGAAUGAGCUCUUCAAAUUCUUAGAUGGGAAACUGCUCGACAUAAACAAAGACUUUCAGCCGUACUUGGGACAAGGAGGUCGUAUUCUUGAAAUCCGCACACCAGAUGUGGUGGCAAAUGUACAGAAGCAGGCACAAGCUGUGGGCUACACGGAAGGUGCUCUGCUGGCUCUGGCUAUUAUUAUCAUCCUCUGCUGCUUGCCAGCUAUUCUGAUCGUUAUGGUCACCUACAGGCAAUUUAAGGAGCGACAGGCAGAGUGUGCAAAGACUGCACGAAUCCAGAUGGCUUUGCCAGCAGGGAAAUCAACUAGUGGCCCAGCAGCUAACCUGUAUGAAGAACUGGGUGACAACACUAUGAGGGGAUAUGGACAACAGGAGCAACAGCAAUUGCUGAGGCCCUCGCUUCUCAGACCUGAGGAACUCUCUAUGGAAUCAGGCAUCGAUCCUGGCCAGGACUACUAUGCACAGGAUUACUACAAUUAUGAGCCUGGGUAUGAAGUACCACAAUAUGGAAGUCGUCGCAGAUUAAUCUCCCCCUCCGGAAUGUAUGAUGAUUAUGGUGAGGUCGUGAUGGAAGAUGAUGGGGGCUACUAUUAUAGUCCACAGGGAUCAAAUGCAGAUGGAGAGUGGGCUCGCCAUAAACGAGUAAAGUUGGUGGUGGAUCGUGAGUAUGAAACCAGCUCAACUGGUGAGGACAGUGCACCGGAGGCACAAAGGAUUCGCAUCAAGCACCCAAAUAACCACAGCAACAUUAACAGUAACAUCUACGUUGUUCAAAAUGGAUCCAUCAUAAGAACAAGACGUAGCUGCCCUCCUACCAAUGGAAAAGCAGCUUCGCCUGCAAGAGUGGGAAAGCAUUUUAAGAAACUAGAUAAACUGGCAGCCACCCAGGAAGAAAAGGCCCCAUUGAACAAUCCGUCGUCAGAUGUAACCGCUUCUUGCAGCAAUGACAAUCUUAAUGCAAGGCCAUCGAGCAGCUCUGUGGCUUCCGGCAGCACAGGGCCCAACAACUGCAUGUCCAGACUGAGCACAGUAAAGGCAAGGAGCGAGAGAGCAAAAAGCACAGAUGACCAAGAAUCCGCUGUUGAUAAUGAAGAUGCUAAGGAGCCUUUGGAAUCUCACAGUGAUCAAACACAAUCUGACGAGGAGGAACUGUGGAUGGGGCCCUGGAAUAACCUUCACAUACCAAUGACAAAACUCUAA